UGCGGGGUCUGCCCGGCUUCCCCAUCACGUCCUCCCAGUUGCCCCAGUGACUGUGUGACCCUUCUCUCCCGCCCCGCGCUGCCACCUGCCCUAUAAAUAGAGGCGAGGAGCAGCUGGGCUCUCUUGGCAGUCACCAUGAGGGCGCUGGUCCUGCUGUGCUGCUUCAUGGCCUCGCUCCUGCUCCCAGGACAAGCAGAACCGCAAGUUUCCGCUUCGGGUGGCACAGAAGAUGUUGACCAUUUGUUGGAGAAUCAUUUCUCUGCUGGAGACGCAAGUCUAGAGGAGAAGGAAAGGGCCCUUCAGGCGGAGGCGGCCCUUGGAGAGACGAACCUGCUCCUUCACCCCCGAGAUGGCGGGGAGGCUGGGAGCUCUGAGAAGAAUGCCGCGGGGGGCCUCACCGCCAACGCCGGCCUGGGCUCUGAUUCCGAAGCCAGCCCCUCCAAUGCCUCAGCCUCGGAGUCCGCUCCCCCCGGGGAAGCUGCCGGGCCUGGGGAGGAGGAUGCGGGCCCCCUGGGAGCGAGCGCCUCUCCCCCAGAAGGAGAGUUGGAGCCGGGGGAGGAUGGGGGGCCGGAGCUCAGCUCUGGAGAGAGCCCAGGACGGGAGGCGGAAGGACAGGCUGGGAGUGGCGUGGUCCCCAAGGACGCCGAGGAGGCCCUUCGCGACGACCCCGCACAGGGAGCAGCAGAGAGGACCUCGGAACCUGAAGACGCAGGGCCCUCUCCUGGCACACAGAUCGAGACAGAAGAGGUGGGCAGCCCAGAGCCAGGUCAGGAGCCAGAGGUGCCAGAUGGAGCCGCGGACGUGGACGCAGAAGCCAGGGAGGGGACUGAAGACCAGGCGGAGCCCAGCUCCAGCCCAGCCUCGGACGCCGGCGCAGAGAUGCAGGGCCCCCAGGAGGACCGCCCCCUAGAGGGGAUGUCCGAGGAGCAGCCGGACGCAGCCUCCUCCGAAGAAGACGGGGGCGAAGACAGCAGCGGCGAGGAAGAAGAAGGAGUUCUAUCCCAGGAAGAAUCCGAAGAGGACAGCGGGGACGGGGCUAGUUCGGAAGAAGCAGGAGGCGACUCGGAGGAAGAAGCCGGGGAAGCCCAAGAAGCAGCGGGAGGCGCGAGCCGCGGGGAAGAGGUGGAGGACGUGAGUGAGGAAGCCCCGCUGAGGGAUCGUUCCCACAUCGAGAAAACUCUGAUGCUGAAUGAGGACAAGCCAGCUGAUGAUUUCUCUGUGGUGCUGCAGCGGCUUCGAAAGAUUUACCACUCGUCCAUCAAGCCCCUGGAGCAGUCUUACAAGUACAAUGAGCUUCGGCAGCACGAGAUCACAGAUGGGGAAAUCACUUCCAAGCCAAUGGUGCUGUUCCUGGGGCCGUGGAGCGUUGGCAAAUCCACCAUGAUAAACUACCUCCUUGGGUUGGAGAACACUCGCUACCAGCUCUAUACAGGUGCUGAGCCCACCACCUCUGAGUUCACGGUCCUCAUGCACGGGCCCAAGCUGAAGACCAUCGAGGGUAUUGUCAUGGCUGCUGACAGCGCCCGCUCCUUCUCGCCCCUUGAGAAGUUUGGCCAGAAUUUCCUGGAGAAGCUGAUUGGCAUUGAGGUUCCCCACAAACUUCUGGAGCGGGUCACUUUUGUGGAUACACCAGGCAUCAUUGAGAACCGCAAGCAGCAAGAAAGAGGUUACCCCUUCAAUGACGUGUGCCAGUGGUUCAUUGACAGAGCGGACCUCAUCUUUGUCGUCUUCGACCCAACCAAGUUGGAUGUGGGUCUGGAGCUGGAAAUGCUCUUCCGCCAGCUGAAGGGACGUGAAUCCCAGAUAAGGAUCAUCCUGAAUAAAGCUGACAACCUGGCCACGCAGAUGCUCAUGAGGGUCUACGGGGCCCUCUUCUGGAGCCUGGCCCCGCUCAUCAACGUCACAGAGCCCCCCAGGGUUUACGUCAGCUCCUUCUGGCCACACGACUACAAGCCUGACACCCACAAGGACCUGUUUCUCAAGGAAGAGAUCUCCCUCCUGGAAGACCUGAACCAGGUGAUCGAGAACAGGCUGGAGAACAAGAUCGCCUUCAUCCGCCAGCACGCCAUCCGGGUCCGCAUUCAUGCCCUCCUGGUUGACCGCUACCUGCAGACGUACAAGGACAAAAUGACCUUCUUCAGUGAUGGAGAGCUGGUCUUUAAGGACAUUGUGGAAGACCCUGAUAAAUUCUACAUCUUCAAGACCAUCCUGGCAAAGACCAACGUCAGCAAAUUUGACCUUCCCAACCGUGACGCCUAUAAGGACUUCUUUGGCAUCAACCCCAUCUCCAGUUUCAAGCUCCUGUCCCAGCAGUGCUCCUACAUGGGCGGUUGCUUCCUGGAGAAGAUUGAGCGGGCCAUCACCCAGGAGCUCCCUGCCCUCCUAGGAAGCCUGGGGCUGGGGAAGAAUCCAGGUUCUCUCAACUGUGACAAGACAGGGUGUGGCGAGACCCCAAAGAACCGCUACAGGAAACCCUAGGUUGCCGCAGCCAUCCUUGGGUUCCUGUUGGUGAAUGAGCUUGCAUCUGAACUGUCUGAGAAGUCCUGGUUUGUUAACCCUUUGAGCCACACUGGCAAGAACCAUUACGCAUUGGAGAUUUGGGGGUUCACGGAGGCCAGUGGUGGGGGAAGGUGUGGGUGGAGGGAGGAAAGUGGAAACUGUGAAUUAUCGCGUUGCUUGUCUUGUUGCUUCAAUUAUGGCGCCUGAUUGAGGCACGUCGGGCCGCACCUGCUUUCCCUGGGUCCUUAUCUCAGAAGGUCAGAGAGCAGCUAAAUUCUAGGGUAAACUGAAUUCAUGAGUGCCAAAUAAGCUAAAAGCAGCUGAAAUUCCUUUGUCCCUUAUAAGCUGGGAAAACAGAGAAGACUUGAGUUCCACAGGCCUGUCUGCUCCUCCACACACAGUCCUCUGUUGCUCCCCAGACCUCAGCUGCCUCCUGAGCUUGGGUUGACUCCCUAGGAGACAGUCUCUUGGGUCUGAAUCAACCUGGGGUUUGAGCCUACCCCCAGGCCCUCUUCCCUGUUUUCACAAGGGGCGGGGAGCGGUUCAGGACACCAGAACACCAAGAGAGAACUAGAGUUCCUGGCUGGAAGGAUCUGCCCCCUGCUCCCAACCCUGGCCAUUUCUCUGGCAUCAUCUUCUAAGCCAGCUGGGAAGCUCGGUCCCUUUCUCAGCUCCAGGAGGAGGGUGACUCUUCCGUGCAUUCAGGUAAUUCACUUCUUGGAAGCGACUUCAGUGGAAGUCGUGGCAGGGCUCAGAGGGUUAAUUGGUUUGCAGUGUGUCUUUGUCUAUUGCAUGUCUUGGAAAACUCAGACCCCAAAGGCUUUGGGUUUCAGAGGGGACAGUGGAGACCUUGCUCCUUGCUGUGGCCCCAGUAUCUCCGCGGAGACACUCGGCAGAAGGGUCGUUCCUUCCUGGUUUUCAUCACAUGGCUUUCCUUUCCCUUCUCUGUUCCCUGAUGUGCACUUGAAACUCGGAGUCAUUUCCUGGGACUCAGAACCCGCACCAGCCUCCGAGUAUCGGUGGCAAUCCAGGCCUGACCUUCAGUUCCCACCUGAACUUGUUGCUAAUUCCCACUGAUUGCACCACGGGGGAGCCUGGCUUCAAAUACCGAUGAGUGCGAAUGUGUGUGUAUUGCGUUGUCCAAGAGAGAUUAGGGAGAUGACAGAGGCCGGAGGGCACAGAGGAAGAACUGGCUCUGAGGGUCCUGCCCACCUGGCUAGCCCUCUCGGUGGGGGGCAGCAGGGACGGAGGGAGGAUGCUGGAGGGGAGAAGCCUUUUGAUGGAGAGUGAGUGGCUGAAGAGUCUGUAAGUCCGGGAGACCUGGCCCAGCUGCCCAGAGGGACUCCACCGAGUGACAAGUGAGCCAGGCCCUCCUGGGAGUGAGCUGUCCCGGGGGACUUCACUACGGGGCAGGGGUCAGGACCUACUGGCUUCAGGGAGUCACCCAGACCAGAAGGAAACUGAAGACAAGGCAGAGGGAGAGGUGCUCUGAGGAUUACGCAGUGGAAGCAAAUCGGCGAUCGGAUUAGGUCCACCAGGAGAACUGUAAUCCCAGAAUUUCCGUUUCUUGGAAUUAUUAACACUCCGGCGCGUGCUGCAACAGAGGCUGCCUCUUGUGGCUUUGCUGAGGACCCGGAACCACCCACAAGGAGACCAGAGCCUCCAGGACAUUGUUUCUAAGACCAGAGCCAACCAGAGAAGAAAAGUCUGCCAGGGGCAUCCAAGGAGCUUGGUGACCAGUUCCUGGGGAGCUGCUUCCUUCUCGUUAAAAACCAACCCUUCCUCAUCUCUGCAUCCUUUAUGCUCUCGAGGGGCUGCUCUCCCUUCUUGCUCUCAGCUACCCGUGGCAUAUCUGUUUUUCCCAGUGCAGAAGGGGAAAGAAAAAGUGCAGAACUGGGCAUUUUUAUAGCUGCUAAUAAGGUCACCACUGCUUUGGGGGAAGCAGCUGGAAUGAGAUGAGUACAUUCACACAAUACUUACAUUUUCGGGGGUGGGGGCGGUGACAUCGUCAGCGAUCCUUUCCCCCUUGUCUUUUUUCCAUCCGUUUUCUGUUUCUUACUCCUGCUCCAAGGUUCACUCCUUGGCUUCCCGUCUCUCUAACUGCCCGCACGCCUGUCAGUCAACCAGCUGGGGCUUUAAGCGCUGUUUUGUGCCCUGCUCUUUGGAGGUGGAUUUCAAGCAGAAUUCUGACUCUUUGGGUUGGGGGGUGGGGUAGUGGAGAACUAGGGGGGAGAUUCAGGAUCCAGAGAUCCCCUGGGAGAAGCAUCUGUAAAUGUUUGUGCCUGAGCAGUUGCUGUUCCUCUCCAAAGCAGAACCUUUCCACUGCCCUUUCCAUUCUGAGUUCAUCAGGGAGAAAGUCUCAAUAAAGUUCCAAUCUCUCUGUAACACCUCA